AUGUCCGUGGGAAAGGUCACUUCUUGGCGCAAAAAGGUCUUUUCUCCGGUCGGACUGUGUACUCUGGCCACCGCCGGCUAUCUCUACAUGCUAACAGAGUACUUCAAGCUCGAGUACCGCGUCUACAAGGAGAGGAAGGCGCUGGAGGAACACGACGCCGAUCCGACCAAGUUUAACAUGCUAAUCAGGGAACGAGUUGUGAGCCGAGAGAUGGGCAAACAGUCGCAAUCGUGA